UUUUAACUAGCCCAACUAAGGUCCUGCCAUUCCGCUAUGCCUGUAUAAAUGAACUAGGGUUUCCGGAGGUCAGACUUCAGAGCCUCUCACUUACAGCAGGAACUCCGAACACAAGUCUCUACCUGAGGUGCUUAGAAUCCUGUAAGUGUUUAUGUCCAUGGUGAUUUUGUUUUCUGUGUGCUUUUGAUUGGUAAAUUCAUCAUUGGUUGUUAUUUGAGCUGCUGUUGAUGAAAUGACGAGGAUGAGCUGCGGGUUUUGGGAUUCUGUUGUUUUAAGAUCGUUUGGUGCUAUAUGAUAAUGCAUUUGGUACUGGGUUUCAUUAUGGUGGGUAUUUCUGGUUAUUCAUCGAACAAGGGACUUGAGCAAAGCAGAACAAACAAAAGUGAUAAAAGGAAUGUUCAGAUAAAAGUUUUCCUGUCUUUGAUUUGGUCCGUUUUUACAUUUCCUUCAUGUUAGAUUAGCAAUGGCUGAGGCUGGUAAAGGCUAUGUGAUAGUGCCGGAGUCACUUGUGAAGAAGCAGAAGAGGGCUGAGGAGUGGGCCCUUGCCAAGUCAAAAGAAGUUGAUGAGGCUAAGAAGAAGCAAGCUGUGACCAGAAAAUUGAUUUGCAAUAAAGCAAGAGAGUACGCAAAGGAGUAUGAGCAACAGGAGAAGGAGUUGAUCCAAUUGAAACGUGAAGCUAGAUUGAAAGGUGGGUUUUAUGUGAACCCAGAAGCCAAACUUUUGUUCAUCAUCAGGAUCCGUGGUAUCAAUGCUAUGCACCCAAGAACCAAGAAAAUUCUUCAUCUUCUGAGAUUGAGACAGAUCUUCAAUGGUGUCUUCUUGAAAGUAAACAAGGCCACAGUGAACAUGCUGCACAGGGUUGAGCCUUAUGUUACUUAUGGAUACCCCAACCUUAAGAGCGUAAAGGAGUUGAUCUACAAGCGUGGCUAUGGAAAAGUGAACAAGCAGAGGAUUGCUUUGACUGAUAAUUCAAUCAUUGAGCAGACUUUGGGCAAGCAUGGAAUUAUCUGCAUGGAGGAUCUUAUUCAUGAGAUUCUGACUGUGGGACCCCACUUCAAGGAAGCUAACAACUUCCUGUGGCCAUUCCAACUGAAGGCUCCUUUGGGUGGAUUGAAGAAGAAGAGGAACCAUUAUGUUGAGGGUGGUGAUGCCGGUAAUCGGGAAGAUUAUAUUAAUGAACUCAUCCGGAGGAUGAACUAAGUUUUCGCGUCAAUUGGUUUUGCCUAAACUCUGUUUUGUUGAAUUUUGAGAUUUCUGGUAAUCAAAUCAUUACAAAAAAAUGUUUUCUUUAUUGCGUGAAUUUUGUAGCCCUGCUAUUUCGAGAUAUAGGACCUCAAAAGACUUGGAUCCACUCUGUUUUUUGGGGUACAUUUAUGGAGUUAGCUGUUUGAAUGCCUUUGUUUUCUUUAUUUUCUGUUUGUGUUUCAUUUUGAUGUGUUUAUGUAUCUGUAUUGUAUAAAGAAAUGCCUA